GCUACACAAGACAGUGCUACCAUUUUGACUUUCGCGAGGUUUGGUGGCCUGUGAAAGUUGUUCAGAUAUGUUUAGAUCAAAACUCUUAGAAAAACAGAGCCUUUACCUAAGAACGACUCUUCCCGCUCUUAGGGUAUCUGCCAAGAAAAAUGCCACUGCUGCAGCACAGAAAAAACCUGAGAAAAUUGAAGUUUUUGUAAAUGAAAAGAAAAUUCUUGUGGACCCAGGGACAACUGUGCUUCAGGCAUGUGCAAUGGUUGGAGUGGAAAUUCCUAGAUACUGUUAUCACGAUAAAUUGUCAAUUGCUGGAAACUGUCGAAUGUGUCUUGUUGAAGUUGAAAAAUCUCCAAAGCCUGUAGCAGCAUGUGCAAUGCCAGUCAUGAAAGGAUGGAAAAUAAAGACAGAUUCACCAUUAGCAAGAAAAGCCAGGGAAGGUGUGAUGGAAUUUUUACUUGUCAAUCAUCCUCUGGACUGCCCUAUCUGUGACCAAGGAGGCGAAUGUGAUCUGCAGGAUCAAUCAAUGGCAUUCGGCAGUGAUCGUAGCAGAUUUGUUGACAACAGUUUCGAAGGAAAGAGGGCUGUUGAGGACAAGAACAUUGGUCCCCUUGUAAAGACUAUUAUGACUCGCUGUAUUCACUGUACUCGCUGCAUCAGGUUUGGAAGCGAAAUUGCAGGCGUUGAUGAUCUCGGGACAACUGGUAGAGGUGGUGACAUGCAAGUUGGUACAUACAUCGAGAAAAUGUUCAAAUCCGAACUGUCGGGAAAUGUCAUUGACUUAUGUCCUGUUGGUGCGCUGACAUCAAAACCUUAUGCAUUUGUGGCCAGGCCUUGGGAAAUCAGAAAAACUGAAUCGGUCGAUGUGCUAGAUGCUGUUGGCAGUAACAUCGUUGUUGGUACAAGAGCUGGUGAAGUCAUGAGGAUUAUUCCUCGAAUGAAUGAGGAUAUCAACGAAGAGUGGAUCUCAGACAAAACAAGAUUCGCAUACGACGGUCUAAAGCGUCAACGGCUUACAACACCAAUGAUUCGAGGUGAAGAUGGCAACCUUUCUCAAUGCAGCUGGGAAGAAGCAUUGGUCGAAGUAGCCAGCAAACUGCAUUCGGUGAAGCCUGAAGAAAUGGCUGCAGUGGUUGGUGGAUUGGCCGAUGCAGAGUCGCUAGUUGCUUUGAAGGAUUUGGUCAAUAGCUUUAACAGUGAAAAUCUUUUCACAGAAGAGGGAUUCCCUGAAAGUGGAGCUGGGACUGAUUUGCGCUCAAACUAUCUGUUCAAUACAACGAUCAGUGGAAUUGAGGAGGCCGAUGUUGUCUUGUUGGUAGGCACAUGUCCGAGAUUUGAAGCUCCGUUGGUCAACGCUAGAAUCCGUAAAAGCUGGAAAGACAACGACUUGAGAGUAGCAAUGAUUGGCAAGGAGGUUGACCUUACGUACGAAUACGAGCAUCUUGGAGAAAAUGCGAAGGUUCUGGAGGACAUUGCUUCUGGUACCCAUGAAUUUUCAAAGGUCCUACUGGAAGCAAAGAACCCAGUUAUCAUUGUAGGGACAAACGCAUUAAAUCGGGCGGAUGGCUCAAGCGUUCACGGUCUUUGUGCAACAAUAUCUAAUAGUUUGAAAUCUAAAGGAAAUGUCAAUUCUGAUUGGAGGGUGCUAAAUAUUCUUCACAAGGUUGCCAACCAAGUAGCGGCCCUUGACAUCGGCUACAAGCCUGGCCUAUCAAAGCUUGGUUCUCCAAAAGUGCUAUACCUUCUCGGAGCUGAUUCUGGUUUGAUCUCCAGAGAAAGUCUUCCAAAAGACUGUUAUGUCAUUUAUCAAGGUCAUCAUGGAGAUGAGGGUGCGAACAUUGCCGACGCUAUCUUGCCCGGUGCGGCCUAUACGGAGAAAACCGCGACUUUUGUGAACAUGGAAGGAAGGGCUCAACAAACUAGGCGCGCUGUCAACCCUCCAGCACUUGCAAGAGACGAUUGGAAGAUAAUAAGAGCUCUGUCAGAGAUUGGAGGCAAGAGUUUGGCCUAUGAUAACCAAGACGAACUUCGUGAUCGCCUUAGGGACGUCGCUCCCAACCUUACUCGCUAUGGUGACGUAGAAGAAGCCAAUUUCUUUUCCGUGUCAACAGCUCUAUAUAAGAAACAGGAACUGAAAGUAAAAGACGGUGUAUUGGAGCCACACAUCAGCAGCCUAAGAGAUUUUUACAUGACAGACUCAAUUAGCAGAGCAUCUCAAACGAUGGCCAAAUGUGUAACUGCUGUUGAUAAUAUGCAAUAAAUGACUUUGUUCGUGAUACAUCACGUUGAAAAUGGUUUCAAUUAAUGUUUGAUUUUAUAGGCAUAUUUCCAGUUUGCUUAACACCCAAAUGAUGUGCUUGUGGACUUUGUAAAAAGAUAUAAUUUACUUGUAAAAGAAUUUCCA